GACUGCCAUUUAAAAAAAAGAAACAGUCGGCCACGCUUGCCACAAAAAUCAUUUUCACGUUUGGGGGCAGAAAUUCCCCCUAUUGUUUCACUCUAAUAUUACUGUAAUUAAACGUUCACUGUUGUUACCAUACAAGUGUUUAAAAUAGUAAGCCAUGGCUGAUUUGGACGAUUUCUUUGCGAAAAAAGACCGCAAAAAAAAGUCUGUCAAAAAAUUUGCAACCGCCGAAGAGAUGGCGAAGAAAUUGGACGAUGGCAAACAGAAAUCAGAAGUGAGGCCUAAGAAAGAGCGGCCGGCGCAGGAGGGCGAGGAGGGAGGCCGAGCAGGGGAGGAGGAGGAAUGGAAGGAGUAUGAGGAGCCGGUGAAAGACUACACCGGGCUGAAAAUCCAGGUACUCCAGGGCGGGCCGGCUCCGGAGGCUCAGACUGCCUCGGAGGAAUCCGCUCCCGAAGGUGGCAAGACCAAGGGGCCGUGGAAUAAGCCACAACAACAAGAACCAGUGGCGCCGCCCCCCGAGCCCGAGAAGCCGAAGGAGGUGAAGCCCGCGUCGACGGCCUACGUGCCGCCCGUGGCGCGCCAGGUGCAGCGCGCCGAGCCGCUGCGGCGGCACGCCAACAAACACGCGCCCGACAUACACAGUGACGACUCGUUCCCGGUGCUGGGGGCGGCGGCCGCGGGGCUGCGGCGGGACGGCGGCUGGAGCACGGCGCCGGGCGGCGGCGGGGGCGGCGCGGCGCCGCGCAGCGCCGGCCUGCGCCAGCCGCUGGCGCUCGGGAACCGCUUCCACGAGCUGCAGGACGACAGCUAGCCAGGUAACACCAAUCAGCUUCAAGAAGCGUCAAAGUGAAGUGUCAAUAAGGACUUAAAGCUAAGCGAAGCGCCUAGCACUCAGUAAUCGUUACAAUCCGGACAACAGUGCAUCCCGAGUAUCCCGACCAACGCGUGAAACGAAACGUUCUGCCGACAGUUGCUACGUUCCUAAUUUAAAAAAUAAAAGAUGAACUUCCCAAGUGCAAUAAUUAUUGUAUCUGUGUAAAAAAAAAUAUUUUAUAUCGAUUUUUAAAAAAUGUUGCCAGUUAUUAUAGUAGACAAUAAGGGAUGACGCAUGUUGGUUUCUUUUUUUGCGUUGUUUUUUUUUAUUCGGCGUAGUGUCAGUGGAUGGAAAGCAACUGUCACAGAUUAAAAAAAGUGUAAAAAGCUAUAAAGUGUUGUAUACAUUGACAUUUUUUUACGUUUUUAUUGAGAUAUUAAAGCUGUGUUGAGGAAGACUAGUAAAUUGCUUAAAAAGUAUGUAACAAGCCGUGCAAGCGUGGUUUGCUCUAUUUUUUGUAUUAAUGUGAAAAUAUAACGCGUUUUGGUUAAAAAUGAACUGGUAUUGUUAUUUAAUUGUACAUUAUGGCUCUAAACUAAAGUUGAUCGGCAAUCAUUCUGAACACAUGUACCAUAGUAAUAAAUUAUGUAUUUAAACUU